UGGUGGCUGGAUGUCCAGAACCCGACCGAACAAGAACUUCGAAUUCUCUGCUCCGCAUUCCGCGUUCACCCUCUUACAUUCGAAGAUAUCGCAACGCAAGAAAGUCAGGAGAAGAUAGUAGAUUACAAUACGUACUACUUUGCUUCCGUUUGGUCGUACCAUGUGGUGGAGGUAAGCGAGGGGAAUGCGUACGAGCCGUGCACCAUUUAUACGGUGGUUUUUCCAUCGGGGGCGUUGAGCUUUAGUUUCAGUACGACAGUCCAUGCGAUGAAUGUGCUGGAGAGAAUCGAGCUACUCAAAGGCGUCGUGGCUGUGAGAAGUGAUUGGAUCUUCUACGCUUUUGUGGACAAUAUCGUCGAUUCCUUCGGACCCUCUAUCAUGGAAAUCGACCUCGAAGUAUCUGAAAUCGAAGAAGCUGUCUAUGUUACACGAGAGGGCGACAUGCAAGAUUUUCUCCUCAGAAUAGACGGUGUCAGAAAGCGAGUAUCCGCCUUAACGAGACUUCUGACUGGGAAAAUCAAGGUCCUGUCCAGCUUCGAGAAACAUCAUUGCAUGGACGUCUCCUCCGACGAAGACGUCAAACCAGGUCACAACCUGAAACUCUACGUCAAUGAUGUGCAAGAUCACAUCAUAGGCUACAUUCAAAGUCUAAACCAAUCUGAGAGUCUAUUGUCACGCUCCCAGAGCAACUACAUUGCUCAAGCUUCUUACGAAACUCUUGAAGGACGAACAAGGGUAAACGAUUUCAUGGCUUUGCUCACAACAGUCAGCAUGAUUCUUACCUUGCUCAACUUUGUUGCUGGAAUGUUUGGCAUGAACGUAAAU